UGGUGGAGAAUGUCUGCAGCAGCAUUUAAAUUCUGGGAGGUCCUGACUGUCAGCAGCAGGAGGAGAAGGCGAGCAAGGCAGCAUCAUCCAGGACUGGGCUCUCUUCUCAGCCAGCCACAGAGCAAGGAAAAAUCACCAUGAAAAUUGCAGUGAUUUGCUUUUGCCUCUUAGGCAUUGCCUAUGCGAUUCCGAUUAAGCAGGCCGAUUCUGGGAGCUCUGAGGAAAAGCAGAACACUGUGCUCUCUCAAGAAAAUGAUGAUUUUCAACAAAAGACCCUCUCAAGCAAGUCCGAUGAAAGCCAUGAAGAUGUGGAUGACGAUGACAGAGAUGAUGUGGACAGUCAGGAUUCUGUGGAUUCCGAUGACGUAGAUGAUGACUCUAAGCAGUCUGAUGAGUCUGACGAAGUGGUCACUGAUUUUCCCACUGACAUUCCAGCAACCCAAUUUUUCACUCCAUCUGUCCCCACAAGAGACUCAAAUGAUGGCCGAGGUGAUAGUAUGGCUCAUGGACUGAGGUCCAGAUUGAAGAUGUCCCACACAUAUGAAGUCCAGUAUCCUGAUUCUACAGAGGAGGACUUGACAUCACUUGUGAAAAGUGAGAGUACGGAAGAGGACUUCAAUGCUGACCUUCUUUCCCAGACAGUGCAAGGAACUUCUGACAGGGGCAGCCACGCAAGACACAGUCAGGAAACCAGUCAGAUGGAUGACCAUAGUAUGGAAACCAAGGACCGCAGGCACACCAGGGAGUAUAAGCUGAGAGCAAGUGAUGAGAGCAGUAAGCAUUCCCAGGAGAUUGGUAGUCAGGAAAAUUCUGAAGUCAGCAGUGAACUCAGCAUCUAUAUUGUUCAAAGCCACGAAAAUGAGCAAGUCCUAGACUCCGGGAGUGUGGAAGAAGAUAAGCACCUGAAAUUUCACAUCUCUCAUGAACUAGACAGUGCAUCUACUGAGGUCAAUUAGAUGGAGAAAAUGAAAUUUCUUACUCUGCUUUUAGUAAAAAGAAAAAAUACACUGUAGCAGGAUGGGAGACAAUAUGAAAUGCUUAUUUCUCAGCUUAGUUGGUGAAGGUAUAUGUAUAUGGAUCUGGAAAGAGAUACCAGUUUUGAUCAUUAGUUUAGUGUGUGGCUUCAUGGUAACAGCCUUGUAAACUAAAAGCUUCAGGGUUUGGUCUAUGUUCUUUUCAUAGAAGAAACGCAAGCUGUCACUGCAUUGUAAUGUUUGCUCUUCUUUUAUGAAUAGAAAUUUAUGUAGAAACAAACAAAAUACUUUUACACACUUAUAAAAAGAGAAUAUAAAACUUUACGUCACUAUAACAUUUCUUUUUUAAAUUAGUAUAUAUUUGGUUGUGAUUAUUUUUGUGUGUGUGUGUGAAUAAAUCUUAGUCUCAGAUAUAAUGA